AUUCUGCGAGGACUUGCGAUGACUGACGUACCUGUUUCUGCACUACACAGUUUCUUCUCCCCUCUUUACUCUGUUGUGUCUCAUUCGUGAAGAGGAACGCAAUAAUUCCCCCACUUUCCCCAAGAAACAGAGUGAGUUUGGCUGGCUAAUUGCGUGGGAGCGAGAAACCUCUGCCGCACUUCGUCUUCAAAUUAUGACGAGCUAUUACAGAGGCCAGGAGGCUUCCGCUGGCAUGCCCGGUGGCUACAGGAAAGAAAGGGGCGGCCGCAAGCGUCUGACGGCGCAGAAGAGGAAAGAAAUCAAAGAAGCCUUUGAUCUCUUCGACACCGAUGGCUCCGGCACCAUUGAUCCCAGGGAGCUCAACGUUGCGAUGAGAGCUUUGGGGUUCGAGAUGACACCUGAGGUAGAUAUCAAAUUGUAUAGUUCAGGAGGUACAGUAGUAAUUGAGAUCGUUCUUGCUUGGAGCACACUUUAUUCCCUUUUCUUCUUUGUCCGUGUGUGUGUGUGUGUGCAGCAAAUCAACCAGAUGAUUGCGGAGGUGGACAAGGACGGCAGCGGGACGAUCGACCUGGACGAGUUCGUGCACAUGAUGACGGACAAGAUGGGCGAGAGGGACGCCCGGGACGAGCUGCACAAGGCCUUCCGGAUCAUCGACCAGGACGGAAACGGGAAGAUUUCAGACGUGGAUAUCCAGCGGCUCGCCAUCGAGGCCGGCGAGCACUUCACGCUCGAUGAGGUCAGGGAGAUGAUCCAAGCCGCGGACGAAAACGGUGACGGUGAGAUCGACAUGGAGGAGUUCAUGAAGAUGAUGAAGCGGACGAACUUCGGGACCGGGUUUUAGCACACACCAUACGUCCUGGGAUGGCAAGCACCGAACAGACAAAUGGUCAUCAGAGUUCGCGGAUUGAACCUGUCCGUGCUCGAUUGUGCCGCAACGCGCUGCAUACGCAAAUGUAGUUACUUAUAUCGUAUUUGUACAUGCAUUCCGUAGUGUGGCAUAUAUGUACAAAAUAUUUAAUAAUUUGAUGCAAUAAUGCAUUCUUAUGCUCUACCUCCUGCAAAAUAUGGGGAUUGCUCAUUCUGGUGGAGAGGUUUGAAAAGUGCUGCACUUAUAGAAGAGCUGCACACCUUGUGUACUAUUCACUUAUUCAGAAUGGUAUUUUCAAAUUUUAUUUUGGUGGAGA